CGCUCCCCCGCAGCACCCCCGGGACAGCGGCGCCCCGUCGGCCCCGCAGCAGCACCCGGGCCUCCCUCCCCGCCGCCCGGCCCGGGCUCUCCUGCCGAGGCCGCCUCAUGGGGAAUAAAUAAAUUCAUAACCCCGCUCACCCCCGCGGCAGCGAGAGAAGCCGGCGGCGGCCGCGGGAUUAGAUCCAGCCCGAGCUAGAGACCAGCCUAAUUGGAGAAGAGGCAGAGACUAGAAAUGCCACCAGCAAUAGGAGCACCACAGUACCCACCUCCAGAUGGAGGUUGGGGGUGGGUUGUGGUUUUUGGGGCCUUUAUUUCCAUUGGAUUCUCCUAUGCAUUCCCCAAAGCCAUCACAGUAUUCUUCAAGGAAAUACAGGAAAUCUUCCAUACAUCAUACAGUGAGAUAGCUUGGAUAUCAUCAAUAAUGUUGGCUGUCAUGUACGCAGGAGGUCCCAUAAGCAGCAUUCUGGUGAAUAAAUAUGGUAGCCGACCAGUGAUGAUAGCAGGGGGUAUUCUGUGUUCAUUUGGCAUGAUUGCUUCCUCUUUCUGCAAUAGCGUUCUGGAACUUUAUAUAUGUAUUGGUGUUGUUGGAGGUCUGGGUUUGGCAUUCAAUUUACAGCCUGCCUUAACAAUGAUUGGCAAGUAUUUCUAUAAGAAGCGUCCUAUUGCUAAUGGAUUGGCCAUGGCUGGAAGUCCAGUGUUUCUGAGCACAUUGGCACCUCUCAAUCAAUUUCUCUUUAAUGCAUUUGGUUGGAAAGGAAGCUUUCUCAUUCUGGGAGGACUACUUUUGAACUGCUGUGUGGCUGGGUCACUUAUGAGGCCUGUUGGACCAAAACCAGUCCCUCCUGUGAAAAAAGAUGUUGAAAAAGGCUCAGGAGAUUCUAGCCUGCACAAAAACAACAAGAAGUCUUUUUGGCAAACUAUUAAUAAAUACCUAGACCUAUCCCUCUUCAAACACAGAGGGUUUCUGAUCUAUUUGUCAGGAAAUGUUAUUAUGUUUAUUGGUUUCUUUGCUCCAAUAGUUUUCUUGGCUCCUUAUGCCAAACACAAGGGAAUUGAUGAAUAUUCUGCUGCUUUUUUGCUAUCCAUCUUGGCCUUUGUAGAUAUGUUUGCUAGGCCUUCAAUGGGACUUGUAGCAAACUCUAAAUUUAUCCGGCCAAAGAUCCAGUACUUUUUUAGUUUUGCUGUCUUCUACAAUGGAGUCUGUCAUAUCUUGUGCCCUCUGGCAACAAAUUACACUGGCUUGGUGAUAUAUGCUGUGUUUUUUGGGUUUGCGUUUGGAAUGGUUAGCAGUGUACUUUUUGAGACUCUGAUGGACCUUGUUGGUGCUGCCAGAUUUUCCAGUGCAGUUGGACUGGUCACCAUUGUGGAAUGCUGCCCUGUGCUCAUAGGCCCUCCUCUAGGAGGUUGGUUAGUGGAUGUUACUGGUGAAUAUCAAUACAUGUAUUUUGUCUGUGGAGUAAUUGUGAUUGUGGCCAGCAUCUGGUUGUUCAUUGGCAAUGCCAUUAACUACAGGCUUUUGGCAAAAGAAAAGAAGUUAGAAGAUGAGAAACAGAAAGCACAGAAGAACACUGACUUGAAGGAGGCAGAACCACUAACAAACAACGAGAAUGAAGAUGCUGCUAGCAGAGCUGACAAAACUCUUGAAGAUCCUUCAGAAAGAGAAACCAAUAUUUAAUCUGCUAUGUAGCCCAGAAGACAACACUUAUAACUUCCAUUAGAAAUAUGCCUUCAAGACACAAGCCAGGUUUUGUGUUAAUAAUGAUCAGUUACAAUAUUGGAUGGGAACAGAUUUUUGCCCUAUGUCAAGACUCUGAGUUAAAUUACAAUCUACAGUUUAUUUAUUUCACUGAUACAAAAUUGAAGUUACAGAGGUAGUGGUUCUAUACAAUAAGCCCAUCCAACUAUGACUCUGGACAGUGAAGAGUCAAGAAUACUAGGUGUAAAGCCUUCACAUGACAAAGUUUUGUUUCAAAAAUACAUCUAAUGCAAAAGCAUCUGUUACUGUUAUAUGGGAAGAUAUUUUGUGUUCUUUAAUAGAGUACUCUUAAAGUCUGUUAAAUUAAUGUGCCCAAACUGUAUUUACUACUAAUAUCAAAAAACAAUACGAGCUCUAGGGUUUGUUUCAAAAUUACCUGAAAGAAGCACAAUGAAACCUUUUUUCUCAUUUGUAUGCCCACUAGAUCAAAAUUAUAUCUGUAAACAAUUACAAUAGGAAUGUAGAAGUUAAGGUUGGAAGACAAACAAUUGGUGGGCACAGUUUAUAAAAUGCAAUAAACAGCAGAGGUUGUUUCCUCCUGUAAUAGGUGGCUAUGUUGUACUUCAACAGAUAUAUUUGAACACAAGUACAUUCAGACCUCACUACUUCAAAAUAAGCUAAAUGAAAAUAUUUUAAACUAGAAUUUAUACUGCUAACAAGAGUGGAAAUCAGUUUGUUCACUUGCUUGAUGGCAAUGAAAUUGGUGUGGAUGCUUGAGUUAAUUGGCAAGUCAUUAACUGGUUGAUGACAAGAUGUAAGGUCUAACUUCAGGUCCUUGAGGGCAGGUAACUUCAUACCAGUUCUCAUCUCCCCUUGCCAUGUAUUUAGUGAAAAGCUACUUCUAUUUCAUGUUAUUGGUUUAAUCAAAAAUGCUGCAAAGUACAUUGUCAGUACAAGUCUGGGAGCUUUGUUGUAGCAUAUCUUUUUUUUUUUUUUUUUUUUUUUGUGCAGGAUAUUUGGUCUUGUUUCACAUAGAUGCAUCAAUUGAAAUAUACACAAUUGUUCCUCUUCCUUUAGGUAAAAAUAAAAUAAAAUAAAAUAAAAAUUAAUAAUAAAAAAGAAAGAUUUAGCAUUGCACUUAAAAUUGAAAAGUGCAAGGUUCUGAAGGUUUUAGAUGAAAAUAUUUCUGUUCUAUUCAUAGUUGAGGAAGGGUGCUCUUCAUUUUGCAGAGUGUCAUACAUAUGCCACAGAAGUUGUGAAAAUUAAGGGUCUGAUUCAUAGAACAUUUAUACAUGUACAUUCAAUUCAGGAAAAAGUAUGUUAUUUUUCUUUAGUCCUCAAAUACAUAUCAUAUAGCUGUAAAUAUGCUGGACAGAUAGAUAUGUUAAACACAAUUUGAAGUGCCAAUAACAGAAGAAAUACAAUAACAAAAACUAGCAAGUGUAAAUGCCAGUUUCUUAAGAACAGCAUUCAAUUUGAUGAUUUUCAGUAUUUAAAAAAAGAAAAGAAAAAAAAAAAAGAUAUUGCCUCUGUCUUGCAGGAUUAUCAUCUUAUUUGCUAUGAACUUCUGCAGUAAUGCUGAACUUUUCAUUAUCUCAGCAGUGUUUUGGAGAAGAAACAUCAUGACUCCACUAGCAAGAUGGUACAAAAAUUUGCGUCUUCUUUUUACCUAAUUAUGUGCAGGAAAUCCAGACAGCAUCUACAAGUCCUGUAGGUACUUCAGCAAUAAAAUAAUGUGUAUUUCAGAGUUUUAGAAGAAAAUAUGGGUUAUCUGUUCAGAUUUGAGCAAUGAACUGUUUUUAAAGGAAAGUGAUACAAUCCCCAUAAAGUUGCAGUUCAGAGAAAUAAAUACAUUAUACCUUCUUUCAAAAUGUAAUCCAGACAACACCCUAUGAGAUAAAAGCAUUGCUCUGGUUAUGACAUAUGGACAUACAGGGGAAGUUCCAGGAUCCAGUCUGAAAAUGCCCCACAUGUCCUGAGAUGUGGAGUUUCAUAAAUGGCAAGCUGUCAUACAGUAAGGAAUAUCAGUAAUAAAGCUGGACUACAAAGGAUGAACUGAAACCCCAGCUAAAGAGUAGACAUCAGGAACAUCAUUUUGCUCUUGACAGCAAGUGUCAAAGGCAGAGAUUAUUUGAAAAGAGUUGAGUGCAGAGGGAGAACAAAAAUGACUGAGGCAAAAAUGUGUGUGUUUAUUAUCUGCAAAACAAGCAAACAAACAAACAGAAACCCAAUAAAACAAAAUGGAAA